CCACGCAUCGUCAAUGUGCAUGGCACAUUCACCAGAAUGCUUUGAAAAAUAUUAGAAAUCUUGAUUUUGCAGAUGAAUUCAAGUUAUUUGUGUACGCUAACUUAAACCCUGACAAGUUUGGAGAGAAGUGGGAUAAACUGGUUGAGAAAUAUGGUAUAGCCAACAAUCCAUGGAUUGAUACGAUGUAUGAGACAAGAGCUUCUUGGGCAAGCACCUUCAUGCAAGACAAAUUUUUUGCCGGUAUUAGGACGACAUCCUUAUGUGAAGGUAUUAACUCAUUCAUAAAGAAUUAUCUGCAUUGUAAGUGUUCCUUGUUGGAUUUUCUUUUCAAUUUUGAGCGGGCUAUGAAGAAAUACAGGCACAAUGAGUUGGAAUCUGAUUUUAAGUCUUCUUAUGGUGAGCCUGUUAUGACAACAGCACUUAGUGGCAUUGAGUAUGGAGCUGCCAAAAUAUUAACAAGGAGCAUGUUUUGGGAAGUCAAGGGUCAAAUUGAGGAUGCCCUGGGGCUAAAUGUGGAGCGUUCUGAGGUGGCCAAUAUUGUGAUGAUGAAAAUGAGAAAAAUUAGCAAUCGCAGAAAAGAAUAUAUUGUUGUUUAUGAUAAGAACCAGAAAAAAGUUUGUAUGUGAAUGUGGUUAUUUUGAAUUUUAUGGCAUCCCUUGUUCUCAUAUAAUAGCUGGGAUGAGAAGUGAGUAUAUUGAUGAAUUUCCAAGCAAUCUAGUUUCUAAGAGGUGGUUGAAAACAGCCAAGUCUGCUCAUGUGUAUUCAAUUUCAGAGCCUAGUAUUCAUUCACAGAAUAUGAAAUUGUUGCGAAAAGGAGCUAUGUCUGCCGCAUGCAACUAUCUCGCAGAAAUAGCAUGCGAAAAGGAUGAUGAUUUUUCAAGUGUAAUGGAAGACAUUUAUAAGCUGUUGAGGGAUGUUCAGAAGAGUCGCAAACCGGGUUGUACAACAAAGAGUGCAGCCUUUAAUGUGGGUGAUCCAACUGUUGUACAGGGUAGAGGUGCCCCCAAGAAGACCAGAACUGUCACCAAGAGAAGGCAUUGCUCAAAUUGCAGGGGUAUUGGACACACGAUUCGUACGUGCCCGGUUUUGCUUUAUCCUGAUCAAGUCAAUAACAGUGAAACAGGUGAAUCUGCAAGUGAAGGAAUUGAGGACAGCACAGACGACGAGACAAACGUUGGCAGCGUAGAUCGGCAGAAUAAGGGGGCUUCGGUGGCAAGUAAACUUAAAUCGCAGCAACGGAAGAAGGGAAAUGACUCCUCAUCCACCCAAAACAAGCGUUCAAAUCAGAACACGGUGUCGACAAAACAAAAUAAGCGUAAAUCUAAGCAGCGAGAAGUCCCAGUCAUGAUUCAUUCAAGCCAAGUAUCUGUGAAUGAAGUGACUCAGAGUUCACCGAAUAAUGUAGGUCGCGGUGAUGUGGAUAACAACAGAGUUACUUUGUUGCCCCAGCAUCCACAGGAAAUACCUUUGACCCAAGAAUCUGUGAAUCAGGUACAUGUUUAUAACAUGGAGCCUAUUGUACAACAAGUCCACUAUCCUGUUGUUCGUGCUUCAGCUGGACUUCCAUUUUUGCAACCUACUUAUGCCGUGAAUAUGACUAAUGGAGUUCAGGUGUUUCCACAGUUUAUACAGCACCAAAACGUCCAGGUUCCUUACCAAGGAGUUCAGAUGCAAACUCUAUUUCAAGCUGGACCUUCUGGCUUACUCCCGACAUUUUCAUCGACGUUGGCGGCAGUCGAUAGGAGACACAAUAGAAAUUCAAGUUUAGGAAAUAAUUGA